UUCUAAUACAGUUUAAGAUGAAUUUUGGUAUCAGUAUACUGUUUUUUGCAAUAUGUGUCAACCAAGGAUUUUUGGAAGCUUCAAAUUUAAAUAACUCAAACUGGUGGCGAAAAAGUCCUCAUCGAAAACCUUUAAAACCAAAAAUUAACCAGGCAGAAUAUAGCCCAGAUCGACCAUGGUCUACCACUGGGUAUUACCCUUGGCAAUCAUCUUCACGAUCAGAUAGCAGCACUGAUAGGCCCUCGUAUACUACCGGAUAUUACCCUUGGCAAUCAUCAUCACGAUCUGAUAGCAGCACUGAUAGGCCCUCGUAUACUACCGGAUAUUACCCUUGGCAAUCAUCAUCACGAUCAGAUAGCAGCACUGAUAGGCCCUCGUAUACCACUGGAUAUUACCCUUGGCAAUCAUCAUCACGAUCUGAUAGCAGCACUGAUAGGCCCUCGUAUACCACCGGAUAUUACCCUUGGCAAUCAUCAUCGCGAUCUGAUAGCAGCACUGAUAGGCCAUCGUAUACCACCGGAUAUUACCCUUGGCGAUCAUCCUCACGAUCAGAUAGCAGCACUGAUAGGCCUUCGUAUACCACCGGAUAUUACCCUUGGCAAUCAUCAUCACGAUCUGAUAGCAGCACUGAUAGGCCCUCGUAUACUACCAGAUAUUACCCUUGGCAAUCAUCAUCACGAUCAGAUAGCAGCACUGAUAGGCCCUCGUAUACCACCGGAUAUUACCCUUGGCAGUCAUCAUCACGAUCUGAUAGGCCCUCGUAUACCACCGGAUAUUACCCUUGGCAAUCAUCAUCGCGAUCUGAUAGCAGCACUGACAGGCCAUCGUAUACCACCGGAUAUUACCCUUGGCGAUCAUCCUCACGAUCAGAUAGCAGCACUGAUAGGCCUUCGUAUACCACCGGAUAUUACCCUUGGCAAUCAUCAUCACGAUCUGAUAGCAGCACUGAUAGGCCCUGGUACACCACCGGAUAUUACCCUUGGCGAUCAUCAUCCCGAUCGGAUAGCAGCACUGAUAGGCCUUGGUAUACUACUGGAUAUUACCCUUGGCAAUCAUCAUCACGAUCUGAUAGCAGCACUGAUAGACCCUGGUAUACCACCGGAUAUUACCCUUGGAGAUCAUCGUCUCGAUCAGAUAGCAGCACUGACAGGCCAUGGUAUACCACCGGAUAUUACCCUUGGCGAUCAUCAUCCCAAUCGGAUAGCAGCACUGACAGACCCUGGUAUACCACCGGAUAUUACCCUUGGAGAUCAUCGUCUCGAUCAGAUAGCAGCACUGACAGGCCCUGGUACACCACCGGAUAUUACCCUUGGCGAUCAUCAUCACGAUCUGAUAGCAGCACUGAUAGGCCCCGGUACACCACCGGAUAUUACCCUUGGCGAUCAUCAUCCCGAUCGGAUAGCAGCACUGAUAGGCCUUGGUAUACUACUGGAUAUUACCCUUGGCAAUCAUCAUCACGAUCUGAUAGCAGCACUGAUAGUCCCUGGUACACCACCGGGUAUUACCCUUGGCGAUCAUCAUCCCGAUCGGAUAGCAGCACUGAUAGGCCCUGGUAUACAACUGGAUAUUACCCUUGGCAAUCAUCAUCACGAUCUGAUAGCAGCACUGAUAGACCCUGGUAUACCACCGGAUAUUACCCUUGGAGAUCAUCGUCCCGAUCGGAUAGCAGCACCGAUAGGCCCUGGUAUACUACCGGAUAUUACCCUUGGCAAUCAUCAUCACGAUCUGAUAGCAGUACUGAUAGGCCCUGGUACACCACCGGAUAUUACCCUUGGAGAUCAUCGUCUCGAUCAGAUAGCAGCACUGAUAGGCCCUGGUAUACCACUGGAUAUUACCCUUGGGAAUCAUCAUCACGAUCUGAUAGCAGCACUAAUAGACCCUGGUACACCACAGGCUAUUACCCUUGGCGAUCAUCGUCCCGAUCGGAUAGCAGUACUGAUAAUCCCUGGUAUACCUCCAGACGUCCCACCGACUCCCCAACAGACACAACUUGGCGGCCAACAGACACAACUACAGCUAGACCUUUGACCACCACCCAAUCACCAACACCACCUUCUCCAACUCCUAGACCUGCACCACCAAUUAUUGAUAAUUAUUGUUUUAAAUGCUUGUUUUUAGAAGUUGAUCUUAAUUUAAAAUAAUAUUUUAAACUUUUGUAUUAAUAGAACUAUAAAAAAUAUG